UUACAAUGCAGACUGUCAAUUUAAGAGCCUCAUCAUCCUCUGAACAAUCACACCCGGACCACAAAACGACUGCAACAUGUCAUCACGACCAAUCAGAAUCACCUCUGCAGAGCAAACUAUCACCUUCAAUGUUGGGGGUCAUGACCCCAGAAAAUCCAGCACAGUUCUGGACCUGGUGAGCGGCUGCCAUGACCAGACCUCCUAUACCGUUGCUGACCGUCCUUCAUCCAAACCCUGGGAUGCAGGACAACUUCCCAAAGUCCAUUUGCCCACAAAGACCAGCGAGGACAGACGUGGAGAAAUGUCUUCACGGUUCAUUAGCUUACUGAGGAUUCCUCUCCUCUUGCUCUUGCUCUAUGGGUUUGUGUGCUCACUGGACAUCCUAAGCUCUGCUUUCCAACUGGCUGGAGGUAAAGUGGCUGGAGACAUUUUCCAGGACAAUGUCAUCCUGUCCAACCCUGUAGCAGGACUCAUGGUGGGGAUUCUGGUCACGGUUCUGGUCCAGAGCUCCAGUACUUCCACAUCCAUUAUAGUCAGCUUGGUCUCAUCUGGAUUGCUUGAAGUGAAAUCUGCUGUCCCCAUCAUCAUGGGCUCCAACAUCGGCACGUCUGUCACCAACACCAUCGUCGCCCUGAUGCAAGCAGGAGAGAGGAAUGAGUUUAAACGGGCGUUUGCUGGGGCGACGAUCCAUGACUGUUUUAACUGGCUGUCGGUGCUGGUUUUGCUGCCGGUGGAGGUGGCGUCUGGUCUGGUGAGUUACCUGGCCAAAGUCACUGUCGGCAGCUUUCAGCUGCACAGCGGACAAGAAGCACCCGAACUACUGAAGACGAUCACUGAGCCCUUCACCAGACUCAUCAUACAGCUGGAUAAAUCAGUGAUAACGGGCAUCGCUCUGGGCGACGAGUCCAUGAGGAAUCACAGCCUCGUGAAAGUCUGGUGCAAGUCCAGCAGCUUUGUGUCCUCGGUGAACGUGACAUCAGCUGCCGCCCAGAACUGCUCCACUGAACUGCAUUGUGGGAAGGAUAGUGAUCUCACCUGGAUCACACAGAACAUCAGCUCACAGAUCAACACAGAGAAAUGCCAGCAUCUGUUUGUGGACUCGGGUUUGUCAGACCUGGCGGUGGGGCUCAUUCUGUUAGCCAGCUCUCUGAUGGUGCUGUGCACCUGCCUGCUGCUCAUCGUCAAAGUGCUGAACUCUGUCCUCAAAGGUCAAGUUGCAAAGGUCAUCGAAGGGGUCAUCAACACGGAUUUCCCGUACCCUCUCGGGUGGCUGUCGGGAUAUCUGGCCAUGCUGAUGGGAGCAGGAAUGACCUUUAUCAUCCAGAGCAGCUCUGUUUUCACCUCGGCUAUGACUCCACUCAUAGGGAUUGGCGUGAUCAGUCUCAAUAGAGCGUAUCCUUUGACCUUGGGCUCCAACAUUGGCACUACCACCACGGCCAUCCUCGCAGCUCUCGCCAGCCCCAGAGAGAAGCUUCCUGCUGCAUGCCAGAUUGCCUUGUGCCAUUUUUACUUCAAUAUUUUUGGGAUUUUACUGUGGUACCCGGUCCCGUUCACGCGUCUGCCCAUCCGUAUGGCGUCUGCGCUGGGUGAACGCACUGCCAAGUACCGCUGGUUUGCUGUGCUUUACCUUCUGGUGUGUUUUCUGCUGCUGCCUUGCCUCGUGUUCGGCAUCUCUCUGGCCGGAUGGCAGGCCAUGGUCGGCAUGGGUGCGCCGUUCGCAGCGCUCACCAUCUUCGUCCUCCUGGUCAACCUGAUGCAGUCCCACAGCCCCACGCACCUCCCGAAGACCCUGCGCAGCUGGGACUUUCUCCCGCAGUGGAUGCACUCUCUCAAACCGCUCGACAAGCUCAUUACCAAAACAACGGCGCUGUGCUGCAGCCCGGCUCGACUUAAUGACCCAGAUGUGGUUGUAGUGACUCCAGACACAACAAACAUCAAGCCAGAGUCAAAGAAACAAAGCCAACAGUGGUAUGACAACCCUGCCCUGUCCUUACCUGAGGAGAUUUCCUCAGAGCCAAGAGUGUUUAGACUUAAAGGGCUAGAAAGAUGCAACAGCACGCCAUUGUAGAUGUGUAGUCUUUCCAAAAUAAACCAUCAUGGUCUAAAUGGCCAGUCGCAGAUUUAUUCUCUAGUCCAAAACCUAGUGAGCUGCUUAUGUAGACAGCAUUUUAAGACGGCAUAUGCAUGAAUGCACCACCUAAGAUAUUGUUUUGCCCAAAUUCUAAGAUAGAAUCUCAUAAUGCACUGCAACAAGCUCAAAUCUAUCCAAGAUGGCAGCCAAAUGUAAUUAAAAAUGGACUACUGUAUCUGUUUUUUUUCUAUGCUUAUUAGAGUUUAUAUGCAAAUUUAAAUGCUGCAUUUAUUUGAUCAAAAUAUGGUGAAAUAUUAUUACAAUUUAAAAUAUCAGUGCUCUGUUUGAAUACAUUUCAAACUAUAAUUUUUUCCUGUGAUGCAAAGCUGAAUUUUCAGCAUCAUUACUCCAGUCUCCAGUGUCACAUGAUCCUUCAGAAGUCAUUCUGCGGAUUUGCUUCUUUAUAGCAGGUUUACUAGGUUUUGGAACAGAUGCUUAGUUUUACAUCUGGUGCUCAUUCAAAUUCUAAAUGCACUUUUUGAACAAAUCAGUCUAAUUGUAUUCACAAUAAUAUUUUCACAAUAGGUUCAGAGAAUUAUAUGAAGCUUCAUCUCGAGGCCAUUGUGUCUCUGAGGAAUCUGGGUGAACAUCUUUUGCUGUUUUGUCCUGCAGUCAUGCACAAAUGUUUAUUAUCUGCAGCGCUAUGUAAAUCUCGCUGAAUAAGAGGUUUGAAAGUCUGCAUUGACAGACGGGAUCUGUAUGGCACAAACAUAAUAACUCAGGGCCAUCCCAUCAUGCCUUGUGCUAUUAAAUAUGCAGAUAUUAAAAUG